AUGGGUCGCGACUAUUACAGCAUUCUCGGCGUGAGCCCGUCGGCCACCCAGGAGCAGAUCCGCUUGGCGUACAUGAGGCGGGCAUUGGAAGUGCACCCCGACCGCAACCCGUCGCCAUCGGCCACACGCGAGUUCCAGGAGCUGGCCGACGCCUACUACACGCUUGGGACGCCCUCGCGGCGGCAUGACUACGAUGCGACAUACACACGUGAUGACCAGGGCGCAGGCAGCAGCGAAGCCUCUGGGCAAGCACGCGCUGAUGACGUGUUUGGAGACGUGUUUGAGGACUUCCUGCGGCCCUCGGUUGAGUCCAGCGGGUCGGGGUUCUGGGCGACAGUGGGCAUGGGCAGCGGCGCCGUGCUUGGGUUCAUCGUGGCGAACCUGCCUGGUGCGGUGGCGGGCGGUUACGCGGGCCGCAAACUCGGCUCAAUCCGAGACCAGACGGGCCGGGCGGUUUACGAGUCGUUCCAGGCGCUGCCGCAUGCGCGCAAGCUCCAGAUCCUGACCGCACUGGCGGCUCAGCUCGUGGCGGGGUCAUCAGGGCUUGGGAAGUGA